AAACUUUACAUGGCUCGUCACUUAGAUGUUGAUCUUGAGGCCAUAGACCCGAUUGAGGGUCUUUUCUUCAUCCUCUUUGCAUUUCUUUGGAUGGGGGCACUGUUGCUUUGCAUGGCCCGAACUAAACGACCUAGACCCAAUUAUUCUCCACCCGAGGACCCAAAUGUGCAAAGGAAGAAGGCCAGGAAAGAGGCACGACUCCAAUGGAUUCAAGGGAAGAGUGUGACUU